CAAGAUGAGAAUAUCCAUGCUAGAGAUCUACAACGAAACCAUCCGCGAUCUAUUGUCGAAGUCUAUAUCAUACCUCGACAUCCGCACACAUGGUAAGAACGUGAGUUUGGAUCGACUGACGGAGGUCGGAGUGGAGACGAUGGAGGAGGUGACGAAACUGACGCUGCAGGGAGAGAAGAACAGAGUCGUGGGUGCUACCAAGAUGAACUCCCACAGCUCAAGUCACAUCUGAUGCUCAAG